AGCGAAUCAGGGAGAGACUAGUUUACGCUGCAGGGACAUGGACCGGGAUGAGCCUGCAACAUACAGUAUAUAGCACAGGACACAAGGUUGACAGGCAGGACAAGUUUCAGACAUUCACAGGGCACAAGGUUGACAGGCAGGACAAGUCUGAGACAUUCACAGGAAAUUCAGUGACACUCUAAAUAACUCCCUGUCACUGCUAAGAGGGACUCACAGCUGGACUUUUAUGAAUACCGGUAAGCAACAGAAGCCAGUGCUAACAGGCCAGCGGUUCAAGACCAGGAAAAGGGAUGAAAAGGAGAAGUUUGAGCCCACAGUUUUUAGAGACACAAUUAUUCUGGGCCUCAACGAAGCAGGAGGGGACCUCGAUGCUGUAGCUAAGUUCCUGGACGUUACCGGGUCCCGACUCGACUACCGUCGCUAUGCCGACACUCUCUUCGACAUCCUCAUCGCGGGGAGCAUGCUCGCUCCCGGUGGGACGCGCAUUGACGAGGGGGACAAGACCAAGGUGACAGAACACUGUGUGUUUACUACCAAGGAGAACCAUGCCAACCUCCGCCACUAUGCUCAGGUUUUUAACAAGCUUAUCAGGAGGUACAAGUACCUGCAGAAUGCCUUCGAGGAGGAAAUCAAAAAGCUUCUGCUGUUCCUGAAGGCAUUCAGCGAAUCAGAGCAGACCAAGCUGGCAAUGUUGACUGGUAUCCUAUUGGCUAACGGCACUCUGCCCCCACCCAUCCUCACCAGCCUCUUCAGUGACAAUGUUGUCAAGGAAGGUAUUUCUGCAUCCUUUGCGGUGAAGAUGUUCAAGGCAUGGAUAUCUGAGAAAGAUGCCAAUGCCGUCACCUCAGCCCUGAGGAAGGCUAACCUGGAUAAGAAACUCCUGGAGUUGUUUCCUGCCAACAAGCAGAACAUGGAGCACUUCUCAAAGUACUUCAAUGAGGCAGGGCUGAAGGAGCUGUCAGACUUUAUGCGUGUGCAGCAGUCUCAGGGAACACGCAAGGAGCUGCAGAAAGAACUGCAGGAGCGCCUCUCUCAGGACUGCCCCAUACGAGAGAUGGUGGUGUACGUGAAGGAGGAGAUGAAGAGGAGUGCUCUCCAGGAGCAGGCUGUGAUUGGUCUGCUGUGGAACAUUCUCAUGAAUGCUGUGGAGUGGAACAAGAAGGAGGAGUUGGUCACCGAGCAAGCCCUCAAACACCUUAAACACUAUGCCCCCCUGCUAGCAGCGUUCAGCACCCAGGGCCAGUCAGAGCUGGUGCUGCUACUGAGGAUCCAGGAGUACUGCUAUGACAAUAUCCACUUCAUGAAGUCCUUCUCCAAGAUAGUGGUGCUCUUCUACAAAGCUGAUGUGUUGAGUGAGGAGGCCAUUCUGAGGUGGUACAAAGAUACUCACACCACCAAAGGGAAAGGUGUCUUUGUCGAGCAGAUGAAGAAGUUUGUUGAGUGGCUGCAAAAUGCAGAAGAAGAGUCCGAGUCUGAGGGAGAGGAGGACUAGCAGACCAACCCAACAAGGAGUCUAACUCUGAAGUCUGCUGCAUCCUGUGGCCUGUAUAUGUCAAUCAGCCUCUAGUCCCCAUCUCAUAUUUUUAGAAGAUUUGCUAGACUAUCAUAUUAAUAUGGUUCCUGAUACAUUCAAGAUAAAUACUUAUCCAGGCAUUGUAAGAAGUAUGAGAUAAUGUGUGCUGUGUGACUGCAAUAAAAAACGACCUGGAACACACCCAUCCAUAUUGCCUAACCGACCAGGGGUCCUAGACUUCUCAAUCACAAUGCAACCCUCAGUGAAAAACCACGGGACCACCCGACUCAACUUCAGGAGGAUAGGAGACUAGAUGUCAUCUAUCAAGACCCCCCAUCUGUGAUAUUUAAGCUUUUUCUCUUUUUUUUAAGGAUUGGAUUAAUUAGAGGUCAGUCAGUGAAGUCCCUUUACCAACGUUGUUCAGGUUUAGAGAGGAAGUCAAGACCUCAAUCUGCAGUAGAUUGUCAUCCUUGUUUUAUGAAAACUCAACUUUGUGUAACUUGGCAAUGCUUUAAUCUUUUUAUUAAUAAAGUGUUUUUAUAUGUA